AUGUCUUUUUUAAAGAAAUUAUUCUCAAAGCCAACGAAGGAAAAAGAAAUGCCAUAGGUGCAACGUAAUAUCAAUCAAAUUUAUAACACGUAACCAUUCCAAAGGAAAUCAAAUCCAGUCUAUAAUUACAACUGUAUUUCCAGGAUCGAAUAAUUCGAAAUCAUUCUUGAGCAAUAUAUCAUAGACCUUGAACAACUAAAACAAUUGACUUGGAGAGGUGCUCCUUAAGUUUACAGAGCAAAAGUGUGGAAACUCAUACUGAAAUACAUUCCACCCAAUCAUAUGAGUCAAACCAGUGUAAUUCAAAAGAAAAGACAAGACUACUUUCAAUACAUAAAAAACUACUACGAACAAAUCCAUGAGAGAGACGAUAGCGAAGAAAAAAUAAUUAAAAUUAUAUCUAAUGAUGUAUUAAGAACCCAGCCUGAUUAUCAAUUGUUCAGAGACCCCAAGAUCUAGAACCUAUUCAAAAGAUUACUAUUCAUUUGGAGUCAAAGACAUCCAAUGAGCGGGUACUCUCUAUCUUAAAGUAGUUACGUAUAAGGAAUUAAUGAUAUUGCAUCUCCAUUGAUAGCCGUGUUUCUGAAUGAGUAUGUCAGGGUGGAUUUCAAUAAAUUUGAUUUGCCCUCUGAUUUUCAUAAACUUCCAGAUGAUAUCCUCCUAGACAUUGAAGCUGACAUUUAUUGGUGUCUCUGCAAAAUCAUCGAGAAUAUUCAAGACUAUUUCAUACAAAACCAACCUGGUGUGUCAUUGGCGUAUGAAAAAAUCAAAAAUAUUCUGAGCACUAUCGAUCCAACAAUUUUGUCUUAUUUUCAAUAACAAUAGAUAGACUUCAAUCAUUUUGCCUUCAGAUGGGUGAUCUGUCUGCUUGUUCGAGAAUUCCCUCUCUACUUGGCUAUCAGGUUGAUGGACACCUACCUUUCUGAAGGGGACAACAUGGCCAAUCUCCACAUAUACACGGUUUCCAAUUUGAUCCUCAAAUGUGGACCUGAGAUCAAAAAUAAAAACAUGGGCGAGGCUGUCAUCUUUUUAUAGAACCUUCCUACUAAAGAUUGGACAGAAUUGGACAUUGAAAUGCUACUACAAGAAGCCUAUGUCUUUAAAGAGUACAUGACCAACAAACAAAAUUUGAAUUAAUCCAUGACUCCCACUUAAACAAAUCGAAUUUCCAAUAAAUGAAGAUAAAUUCUCUUUAUUAAUUUUAAUUAACGAAAAUUA